GUCAGCUAUGCAAGGCUGUGCAAGCAGAGGCAACACAGAACAGAAGGAGGAUCCCAACGGCCUCCUGGAACUCAGGAGAGUGGCUACUCCAGCUUUGACCACCUACUUCCACACUCCUGCUCCAGAGGUCAUAACUCCCAUUUACUGUUCUGAGGCAUCUGCUUAUCCUGUGCCCCAAGGAUGGAAACACUCCUAGGAGUGAAAAUUGGCUGCCUGUUUGCCCUGCUGGUUCUCACCCUGGUCUGUGGCCUUAUUCCCAUCUGCUUCAAGUGGUUCCAGAUUGAUGCUGCCACAGGUCGUCACCGCCGGGUCCUCAGCCUCCUGGGCUGCACCUCUGCUGGUGUUUUCCUGGGAGCGGGGCUCAUGCACAUGGCCGCUGAAGCCCUGGAGGGAAUUGACUCAGAGAUCCAGAAGUUUAAGAUGCAGAACAGGACAGAAAGGGAGGGAAAUGCUUCUGAUGAUGCUGAUUCAGCUCAGAUGGAGUAUCCCUACGGAGAGCUCAUCAUCUCCCUGGGCUUCUUCUUAAUCUUCUUUUUGGAGUCGCUGGCAUUGCAGUGCUGUCCUCGGGCCGCUGGAGGAACCACAGUGCAGGAGGAAUGGGGCGGGACUCAUGUCCUAGAACUCCACAGCCAUGGACCUCCACCCUCACCCUCAAAGGGUCCCCUCCGGGCCCUCGUCCUCUUGCUCUCACUCUCCUUUCACUCAGUGUUUGAAGGGCUAGCCGUGGGGCUGCAGCCAACAGUAGCAACUACCGUGCAGCUCUGUCUUGCUGUCCUGGCUCACAAGGGGCUCGUAGUGUUUGGGGUAGGACUGCGGCUGGUGCAGAUAGGCACUGGCUCACGAUGGGCCAUGUUGUCCAUACUGUCAUUAGCUCUCAUGUCCCCCAUGGGCCUGAUCCUGGGGCUGGCUGUGACCCAAGGGGACUCUAAAGGGGGGCAGGACUUAGCCCAGGUUGUGUUAGAAGGUGUGGCAGCCGGCACCUUUCUGUAUGUCACCUUCCUGGAAAUUCUGCCCCGGGAGCUAGCUGGCCCUGAGGCCCCUCUGGCCAAGUGGGGCUGCGUAGCCGCUGGUUUUGCCUUCAUGGCCUUUAUUGCCUUGUGGGCCUAAGAGAUUGCUGGUUUUUCUGAUGGACCUAUCUAGGAUGGCCUUCCUACCCUCGGGAGACACUUUCCCAAAUGGCUUUGGCCCUCCACUGAGACUAAGCGACAUUCACUAGGCAUCAUCCUCAUGAACUGGACCACAGCUUUCUCCUACAUGAGAAUCCAUUUCUCCUCCAGGACUGAGAAAAGGGCGUUUAGGUUGAGUGCCUAUAAAUUGGAGAACUGAUAUGAAGACCAUCACUCUAGAUUUGACUCUUGUCCCAUUUGUGCUACUGUGUAUAAUAAAAUGUCCCUUUUACCCUUCG